AUGUCGAAGAACCAACCAUCUGUGGAAGACGAUGAAGCCAUGCCGCAAGUCUCUGUAGUGACUAAGAGAUUCAAGCGUUUGAGGGUCGUGUUCGAGCCAUCUCUAGGAGUCUUGGGUUUCUUCUUGGUGGGUUUGUGUUUAGUCUUCAGCUUCUUCUACCUCGAUUACAGAACCGUGGCUAAGACUAAAAGUCAUGACUUUUCGGAUCAAUCGGAGAGAUUCCUUUGGCUCAAGGAGCUCGAUGGGUUUGUAGAGAACAACACCAAAGUUGGGUUUCUUGAAGAGAGUGGGAGUGGUUGCAAUGUGUUCGAUGGGAAAUGGGUUUGGGAUGAAUCGUAUCCUUUGUAUCAGUCCAAAGAUUGCACCUUUCUUGAUGAAGGAUUCAGAUGCACUGAGUUUGGCAGACCUGAUUUGUUCUAUACCAAGUGGAGAUGGCAACCUAACCAUUGUGAUUUGCCCAGAUUUGAUGCGAAGUUGAUGCUGGAGAAGCUAAGGAACAAGCGGCUAGUGUUUGUAGGAGACUCAAUUGGAAGAAACCAAUGGGAGUCUCUUCUCUGUAUGCUAUCUUCUGCGAUCAGGAACAAGAAUUUGGUUUACGAAGUGAACAAUAGACCCAUCACAAAGCACAUGGGCUUCUUUGUGUUCAGGUUUCAUGACUACAACUGCACUGUUGAAUACUAUAGAGCACCUUUCUUGGUUCUCCAAAGCCGUCCACCUAAAGGAUAUCCAGAAAAGGUUAAGACGACUCUUAAACUGGAGACAAUGGAUUGGACUGCUGACAAGUGGAGAGAUGCGGAUAUAUUAGUGUUUAACACUGGUCAUUGGUGGAACUACGAGAAAACUAUCCGCGGAGGUUGUUACUUUCAAGUAGGAGAAAAAGUGAGAAUGAGAAUGAAGAUAGAGCAUGCACAUAGACGAGCUAUGAAGACUGUUAUGAGAUGGAUACAAGAAGAGGUUGAUUCAAACAAGACACAGGUCUUCUUUCGCACAUUUGCCCCUGUGCAUUUCAGGGGAGGAGAUUGGAGAACAGGGGGAACAUGUCAUAUGGAGACACUGCCAGAUUUUGGAGUCACUCUGGUUCCACCAGAGACAUGGGAACACAUAAAGCUCCUUCAAGAUGUCUUGUCAUCGUCUCUUUACUACUCGAAAAGAUCAGAAGCAGUUAAGCUGAAAGUGUUGAACAUAACAGCCAUGGCUGCUCAAAGAAACGAUGGCCACCCAUCACUGUACUACUUGGGCUCAGCUGGUCCUGCACCGAUCCGCAGGCAAGACUGCAGCCAUUGGUGUCUUCCUGGUGUUCCUGAUUCGUGGAAUGAGCUUCUUUAUGCAUUGUUUCUUAAGCACGAAGGCUAUUCAAGAUCAAACAAUGGCGAUACAGACAACUUUACAUAAUGAAACUUUGGUAGAAACAGCUGUUGCAGGAUUUAUAAUAACGGCUGAGAGAUUUUGAUUGGGUGGAGAAUAUAUGUAAUUACUGACGACUAGGUUAAGCAACUUUGUAAAAAUUUCAAAGAUUUGAGUGACCUCAUCAUAUCACAGAUCAUUAGUUCACAAGUGUUUUGGUAUACAAUGAGUAUGUUACACUUGCAGAACUUUAUUUUCCCUUUUGAUUAUACAAAAUAAAUCUAUAUAUAAUUUUAGAAAGAAAAAAAAAAAAGCGAAGGUAGGUUCUUCAAAUCAAUCCAGCAGGUGGUUUGGUCUCCACGUUAAAUUCUCGCACGGUGAUGAUGAUGAUGAUGAUGGUGACGAUGAUGAUGGUGAUGAUAAGGACGAGAGACUAUGGGAUGACGAUGAUGAUGAAGAAAAGUGCCAUAAGUGGCGGCAAAACGAGAGGCCUUCUUCGAAUUCGACUCUGAAACAUCUUGUGAGAUGGUUUUACCCUUUUCCACGUCAACUAGUUUCGUCUGCAUCUCAUCGUGAUCGGUGCAACCGGUGACGACGCAUAAUCCGAGAAGCACAACCACACAACCGAUGCUUAUAAGAAGAAUAUAAAUAAUUUCCAUUAUGUCACUAUGUGUUUCUCUUUUCGCGUCUAAGAAAUUUUUGA